AUGGCUCUAUGCUGUGGCCACGUGCAGGAGGUCCUGACACGGGCUCUGACACAGGAUACAGUUCUCUGGGAGCUGGCUCUGCUAGAGGAAAGGUACUUGCUACAGGACCUGACAGCCUGGCUGUCUCUUAAAGAGGAGGAGCUGGACCGGCCCUUACCAAUAGGGGGCAACAGAACAACACUCCAUCACCAGAAACAAUACCACCAGAUCUUUGAGGAGGAUCUGAAGGCUAGGGGCCCGUUUGUGUACUCAGUGCUGGAGGCUGCCCAGGAAUUUCUGUCACAGCACACCCUGGCUCACCCACUGUUGGACCCUCUUCCCUUAGAUGGUGAUCUGGGCCAGAGUGCAGAGCGAUGGGUGUGGCGUCAGGCGAAUUUGGCGGCCGGGCUGUGGGAGAGGGUGCUGUGGCUCUGCUCUGAGCGUACCAGACAGAUCGAUGGCACCGCGGGCAGUGUGACAGAGCUGCAGAAAUGCAUGCAGGAGCUGCAGCUGCAGCUGCAGGAGGCGCAAGGAGUGCAGGAGGCCUGGGAACCCCUGGGAGACCUGGUUAUAGACACAUUACAGGACCACAUAGAUGCCACACAGCUGUUCCAGGAGGAAUUACUGGCUAUCAGAGAUGACCUGAGACACAUGAAUGAAUUAGCUCAUCAGCUCAGCCUCAACGCUGUGUGUCUGCCCGACGAGCACACACACACUCUUCAUCAUCUCAACACAGAGUGGAGAUUACUGAAGGAGUCAGUAGAGGACAGACUGAAGGAACUGCAGGAGGCUUUCAGAGACUUUGGGCCUGAGUCCCAACACUUCCUCUCUGGUUCAGUUCAGGAUCCAUGGGAACGUGCAAUAUCCACUAACAGAGUACCCUACUACAUAAAUCACAGUACCCAGACCACUAGCUGGGAUCAUCCUAGGAUGACACAGCUGUACCAGACAAUGGCGGAUCUGAACAACAUCCGGUUUUCUGCCUACAGAACAGCUAUGAAGCUGAGACGUGUACAGAAAGCUUUAAAAUUGGACUCUCUUCCUCUGAGCUGUGUGCUGGCUGAGCUGCAGGGUAUAUGUGGGGUCACGGUAGGGUCAGAGGUUGCAGGGUCAACAGAGAUUGUGGACGUCCUGGAGAUCAUCCGUGUGUUGACCUCUCUGUACGAACGUAUGCAGGAGGAGAAAGGAAUUAUCUUUAAUGUUCCUCUCUACGUAGACAUGUGCCUGAACUGGCUACUCAAUGUCUAUGACAGUGGUCGCGCUGGGAAGGUGCGUCUCUUGUCUAUGAGGACUGGUCUGAUAUGUUUGUGCAAAGCAGACAUAAAAGAGAAGAGCAAAUUCCUGUUCCGUCAGGUGUGUGGAGCUGACGGUCGGAGUGAUGUGGAUCAUCUGCGCUCCCUACUCCAGGAGUUGAUUCAGAUCCCACGCCAGCUGGGGGAAGUGGCGGCGUUCGGGGGGAGUAACGUGGAGCCCAGUGUGACCAGCUGCUUCCGCAUGACACCAGGCAGACAGUCUGUGGGUGAGAGUGAUUUUUUGGACUGGAUGUCUCUGGAGCCUCAAGCAGUCGUGUGGCUGUCAGUCCUGCAGCGUGUAGCCCAGUCAGAACACACCCUGCACCAGGUCCGAUGCUCCAUCUGCAAGCAGAGCCCCAUCCGCGGGUUCAGGUAUCGCAGCUUAAAGCACUUUAAUAUGGACAUAUGCCAGACUUGUUUCCUAUCUGGACGUGCAACAAAGGGCAAAACCCUACACGAUCCAAUUAUAGAGUACUACACACAGAGCACGUCCGGAGAGAACAUGAGGGACUUUGCGGUGACGCUGAAAAAUAAAUUUCGCUCCAAACAGUAUUUCAGCCGACAUCCACAAAGAGGAUACUUGCCAGUACAGUCAGCACCGGGACCAGAGAGAGCGGCGGAUGAGGAACAGUGUUCGCUGCGUUGUCAGAGUCCCAGACCAGAACCCAAACCCUUGCCCUGUUCCUGUUUUCCGAGUUACGCCGAUCACGAAUCACAAGAGGAAUUCCAGAGAAUGCUUGCCAUGCUGGAGGAGCAAAACAGGAUCCUGCAGGGGGAGCACAAGUGUGUUCAGUGGCAGUACACUGAAACGGUGGGCUCCCAACACCUGGCCAAGGGGUCGCCAGGGUCAUGUGGGAGUCAGAGGAAGGCCUUAUCCCCAGAGGCCAGGACUCUACAGCAGCACAAGUGUCGCCUGGAGACACAUAUGCAGAUCCUGGAGGAUGAGAACAAACAGUUGGAGUCAGAGCUGAUUCUACAGUUCAGAAGCGGUUCAGACAUCAGCGUGUCGACGGGAAGCCCCACCCUUGUACACACACCUGUGUCCAGACGGGGUCAUGCAUGUAAGCAGCUGAGCUGGAGCAAACCUGUGGUUGAACCAAUGGGUAACCCACUCUACAAGUCAAACUGA